CAGGACUGGACCGGCAACAACAGCAAUCGCUCCACGGAACGAUGAUCGAGGUUAUCGAAGGCAAAGGAACAAAUAACAAUAACUUUUGCUGUUGCCCAUUUCAAGUGUUCGGUCCUUUGUGUGUUUGGUGAGCCCUUCCAAUUAUUUGCCGGUGGCUGUCCUAGCUUGUACCGUAGCAGUGGAGUGUGCAGUCGAAUCGAAUCGAACUGGAUCAACAACCAAUAACUCGUCCUUUUUCAAAUUCGUAUUGGUUGCAACCACAAUCCACCACCACAAUGUCUCUGACCAACGUGCUGUUGAUCCACGUGUCGACUCUGUUUCUGCCUCAGACCAAGAAGCAAGAAGAGAAGGAGCAAGAGAAUGAGUACUAUACGUGCCUGGAUCUGCCACGGUAUGCACCCAUUUGCGAUAUUCGGAAAUCGUACCGACGCAUUUCCUUGCGGCUGCAAUGCGAUCGCAUGAUGCUGGAAUGGAACGGCUCUGAAGACAUUGCAAGAGCAGCGGCGGCACUGGACGCCAAAGAAAAAUCCAUCAAGGAUGCCUUUCAAAUUUUGGGAGACAAACACUUAAGACAACAAUAUCAUUUGCUCCAAUGCAGACCGUCGCGUUAUCGUGUGAUUCGUGGACCCCUUUCUUGGAUCCUCAAUUUGACUCAUUCACGACGGUGGUUCCCCUUUCUUGUAUUGCAGUCCGUCAUCUUAGCCGCCAUGGUUGACGCCACACUGAAAGGUCUCGUAACACAAGAUUGGGUCAUGGUUUUGAUUCCAUCAUGGGGAUAUUAUGGAGUUGUCUGUCUCUUUUGGUUGGCCAUGCUAGAACAUCCGUGGCGGAAACAAUGCACGCUCCGCAGUUUUGGGGCCAUGUUCUCCGCCUUUGGACAGCACGCUGCGCUCUGGCUGGGCUGCUUUUGGAUGGCGCGAUAUUGGGAUAGAGAUGUACCGGAAUCCAUCAAUUGGUACAUACUAUCCACGCCGUUCUAUGCGGCCAUUUUCUUUCGAUGUCACUGCACAACCGCCGCAAUUGCCUGUCUGCGAGACUUGCAAUCCAAAAUGGUGUCUCGAGAACUCAUGGAGUCUGUGACUACCGCAAAUACUAUUGACACUGCGAGUCAUGCCGACGACGACAACAACGAUGAUGAUGAUCAUGCCGAGAAUAACGACAACCACAAUCAGCAAACGCAACAACAACAACAACAACAACUCCCCGAGGGAUACAUUGUCAUUACUGGGGAUGCCAACAAGGUGGCGGCGCACUUGAUUGCUCUUCCGGAUGAGGAAAUGCAAGCCCACUCGUCGGAUCCAAACAAAAUGGAACAAAUUCGGGUCGAAUCCUCACCCGAGUACGUCCAGGUCGAUCGGGCUGCUGUCAGUCUAUACCGGUCCAUGGUCAAAUUGGCUGUCUAUGGAACCAUAUUUGUCACACUCAUGGCAUUGAAACUGGAACGACAUUUCAACGUUAGUUUUUGGAUCGUUUUUUCACCCAUUUGGAUUCAUUUGGGCAUUCGACUCUACACUUCUUCCCGAGCUGUACGCAGAGCUACAGCCACUGCUUUUACUUCCACAACAACAACAAAUAAUUCAACAACAACAAAUACUCCCGCAACACCAGCAACCGGAAAUUCUUUGAAUGGUGCUUCGAACAACAACAGUGUCCCAAUCAACGUCAACGAUAACACCAACAUGAACAAUUCGCAGUCACUUCUGACUAACCAAAGCACGGAAAUGCCAGCCAGCGACAUCAGUAGCAUCCACCCCGACAACGCUGCUGCCGCCAAGGUAGAAACAUAUCCGACUGACAGCACGAAUGACGACGACAACAACAAUAAUAAUGUUGACGAAGGAAGCAGAUCUGUGCCCGCUGCGCCGGAUUCACCAUUCAAAGAACAGGUUGUUGUCGAUAUCGUCAUGCAGGCUGUCACGCAAUCCCUCUCGCAAGACGAAGGGAGUACGACUGGAGUCGAAAUUCCCCGUGUGGAGACCAUUUUUCGUGGAGAUAGCGUCGGGGCUGAUCAAGUCAUUACAGAACCCGCAAUUGCCAACAACAACAACACGGUCGACGAUGGUAAAGCCCAGGACUCGCUUGUUCCAGAUUCCAAUCCGACUCCUGAUCUUCCUGUGGAACCUGAUGCGCCAUCCGAUCACUUUGAUAUGGAGACCGGAUUGGUCGAGCGAGUACCGCUGCAAACGGACGAUCAAGUCGACGCGCUGAAUCCACUGGAUUCAAGCGGAGAACCUCAAGAGCACAAGGUGAACGAGCUGGAUUUGGAUCCGGCGCCGCAGAAUGGUCAAGAAUCGGGUAUUGAACACAUGGAUUUAGAAGCAGGCAUGGUUGUCGAUGGGAUGAUUAGUAUCAAGACAAUCUUCUCCCCCGAAAUUAACACGACACAACCGGAGCUGGUGCAAACAGAAAGUACGGCCAGCAUUCACUUUCUCCCAUCCUUGGCGAGAGGAUCAUUUUCUGCCCCCGGCGAUAAACCUUUGUUGGAUCUAUUAGCUGAUGGGGAUAAUCAGCAGCAAGCGACAACAAACGAAAUUGUUCCAGAGAACCCGACCAUCCCAGAAAACGACAUCAACAAUACAUCCACCACCAACGUAGCUCUCGCCGCAGUCGAUGAAGGCAACACAAUCAUUGUGACAACAAAUGGCGCCAUCUCCACAUUAGAAGCCACGCAGAAUACGCCCAACACCGCCGCGCCACCAGUUCAAGAUUCCAGCCAUGCAUCUCAAGCCGAGGCACCGGCAGUACGCGAGGAGUUUGAAAGAUGGCAAUCAGUGUACGAGAAUCAAGACAUUCGCACUGCGCAGUUCCACUUAGUGCCCUGUGAGGUCUUCUUUCAGCUCUUGGUUUUGUGCUUGAUUGUGGCGAAGCUCGAUUCGGAUUAUGACACUGACGAUCCGAGUGGAUUCAAUGCUUUUCUGGUAAUCCUGAUCCCAUUCUCGAUUGGACUCGUCGUCUGCUGCUGUGCGAUCAUAGCGGGGUGCAUCGAACUUGCCCACCAAGAGCUAAAUCGCGCAGACCCCACUGCAGCGGUCAUCGACCCCGCAGCAAACGACGCUCAGGCUUCUGGCGGAGAAGCAGAGGCUGAUUCGCUGCAGACAGCACCCAUGCAAGCGGGGGAAAACAAGAAUGUUGAGCCAACGUAUGCCACACACCUCGACGUCUACACGCCGCAGCUUACGUUCACACAACGGACUCUGGUUUUGAUCGCAGCCUUACAAAUAUCCAAAAUCGAUGCAGAAACCUGGCUCCUGGAAAAGGACAAUGCUGCCGUACGAAAUACAAGGACGUUGUGGGGCAUGGUAACACAAUGCGCUUCUGAUUUGGGUUGUCAUGAGGUGAACUUGGACGUUGACACCAAUUAUGGCUUUGACGAGUUCAACAUGGUGUGUCUGGCUAUUUUACGAAAGAACCUUGCAGCUCACUUCCAGAAAGCAGAGUUCCAGAGGGUGCUAGAUGCGAUCAAGCCGCUUGACGAACAGGAUGAAGAUGCGGAUCCCCCAUUGCAGCAUAAUGAACCCCCCGCAUUACAUGAAGCACAAGAAGCAGUAGAUGGCAUUGAAAUCCCGCAUCAAUUUUUGCAGGAGGAAAGCUACAUUGAUGGCGGAGAUGUUGACGAAGAGAAAAAGAGCGCGCAGGAACCCUCUGGAGAAAACCCCGAGCAGGCGACUCCAGAAGAGUCGGUUGUUGGUAUGGAGUGCCUGGUUUGCUGCGAGGAGUACAGAAUCACUGACACUGUACAUUGCGAAGGCGAUGAAAUCCACUUCUUUUGCCGUGGAUGCUUUCAUCGCUACGCCACGGAAACGGUCCAAGCGGGUGACAUUGCUGGAAUGCCAUGCGCAAAUGCCAACUGCAGCGCAACCUUUGCCACGCCCACCGUCAGGGCUAAUUUGUCACAAUGGGAUAUCUUGCGGAUGGAAGACCGGGAGAAUGAGCGUAACAAGAGGGUAGCAUUGGCGGCCAAAGCGGUUCUCAGAUGCCCUUGUGGGGGUGUUGGGAUCGUCACGGAAGAGGAUGUGGGCGACGGCUGCAUCACCUGUCCGGGUUCUGAGUGUGGGUUGCAGUACUGCGCGCUUUGUGGCAACCAUUGGCACCCCGAUACGACCUGCCCUCCGACGAAAAAGAUGCUGCAAUGGGUCAUCCAGAACACAAUGCCUUGUCCGAACUGCCAUACUCCAAUAGAAAAGAAUUCUGGCUGCGACCAUAUGCACUGUGCUCCACCGGGGGGAUGUGGUCACCACUUUAGCUAUCGCACAGGGAAGCCAAUGUCGAAGCACGGAAGGAACCUGAGGGGGCUCUAUCACUGAUAUCUACAUCCAACUUCAAGCAAAUCUAAUGUAGAAACCGGUACACCGUCUAGCUAGUAGAACAUUUUGCUACAGUGUUUUCAAUUUGCAGUUUACGGAUA